AUCUUUAUCACUGUCGCUUUCUCUGUAUUCUCGAAAUUUCUAUAUUCUAUACUUUUUAUCAACCUUUGUGACCAAGAGUAAUUAUUAUAGCAAUUAAAUUGAAAGUAACAGUUCUUUUGUGGAGAGAGGUGAAAGUGAGUGAGGGCUUCUUACUUGAAUUGUUGGAUCUCAUUCGUUGCAACAAUUGGAAGUAGAAUGAGUUCUACGGGGGCGGAUGAACCUAAGCUGCUUUGUUACAAUCGUGGGUGCGGAAAGGAGUUCAAGGAAUCCGAAAAUGGAUUCGAUGCGUGCCGAUUUCACCCCGGCGAACCCUUUUUCCAUGAUGCCUACAAGGGGUGGACUUGUUGCAGAAAAUGCAUCGACUUUCAAGAGUUUUUGGGCAUGAAGGGCUGUGCCACGGGCUAUCAUUCGAAUGUUAAACCUCCAGAGCCGGAAAAGAAAGCGGUGGAACAAGUCACGGAAGUUAUAGAAGUUCGUAAGCCAAAAUAUGUACAAAAGCAGAGACCGUCUAUGGAAUCGCCUCUGACCACAAUUCAAAUAACGUUGUCUGAAAGCUUAAAGAAGCAGACCUAUGACCAAAAUGGAAAGUCAGACGACGGAAACUCAACUGACAAUGGAGUAGAAAUAAAAGCUGGUAUUACCCAAUGUGUUAAUAAAGGCUGCAAAGUGAAAUACGAGGGCCCCCAAACCGAUUCGGAGACAUGUAAAUUUCAUCCAGGCGUACCUAUAUUUCACGAAGGCUCAAAAUAUUGGUCUUGUUGUGUUAAACGAACCACUGAUUUUGAUGUAUUCAUGAAACAAGAAGGAUGUCAGACGGGGUCUCAUUUAUGGGUGAAACCUAGCGAUGAGGACAAGGCUGGUGACGGAGGCUCUAAAAUGAUAAAAUGUCGAUAUGAUUGGCACCAAGAUGGAUCCCACGUCCAUGUUGUGGUAUACGCCGGUGGAAAGAAAUUUGAUCCGUCCAAGUCUCAUGUAAAAGUGAACGGUGUCAAAUUGUGCGUAGACUUGUCGUUUCCUGAAGAAAAUUCACUAUUUCAGGAGAAUUGGAUAUUAGCUGGGAUUAUUAAUCCUGAGCUAUCGUCCGCACAUAUGACGCCAAUGAAAGUGGAAAUCAAGUUGAAAAAGGCAGAACCCGUACAUUGGGCCAAUUUGAACGUUGACGAACUUGUUCUUCAACGCAUCGACAAAGUCGAGCAAGAAGCUGAACACAAAUGUGUUGGAGUUGAUCCGGUUGAUUUAUCUGAUCUAUAGUAGUUCGAGUUAACGUUUAAGUUAAACAAAUCUUUGUUUUUGUUUACCUUGGGUUUAAACCUUAUUGUCAGCAAUCAAUUUUUCCACCACACACAAUUUCUCGUAUAAAUUAUAUACGAAAAUUUAUGCACACCAGAGUAUUUAUUUCGUAUGUCAUAAUAACAUUUUUUAGUGGUUACGUAAUAUGCUAGCUUACUUUAAAUUAUUGUCUCUUUGAAUGGUGGGAGUCAUUAGUUCAGCAUAAAAUAAUGUCACUGCAGACCCAAAAAUAAUAACAAAUAUACGUAUGUAGUGUG